GAUACCGUCUAGAGCGGACGUGGGUGCGGCGGCCGGUCAAACACGUACACGUGUCUGUGCAUGUUUCCUGUCAAGUGUCUGUGUGUUCUUGUGUUGUCAAGUGAUUCUUAACGCUUUCUCUUUGUAUUUUUUGUUUUUUUUUUGUUUUGUUUUUUCUGUGCGUUUAAAUCUUAAAAGUGAUUGGAAGUUUUGAGGAAGACGAUUGUCAAAGAAGAAAAUACAUUGAGACUUGGCUGAAUUGUGGUAUGUUGUGGUGAGCAAGCAGUGACCGAGUGAUGCUGGGGGGAGGGGGCAGCUGCGGUGGGCCAGUUUCAUGGUGGUGCAGCGAAGUGUGGAGGUGCUCCCCUAAAGUGGCCCCGGACAUUGCAUCAUCAAGCGCAGAGAUGGCCAACUGUGACCAGUGCAGCGUCAAGUUUUCACUUCUGAAGAGACGGAGAACCUGUGCAAAUUGCCACCUUGUCUUUUGUAGCUCUUGCAUAAAGACAGGCAUUGGAGGGACGAGAAAAUGCAACAAAUGUAUAGUGUUAUCACAAUGGCCUCUUGACAUCUCUGAGGUUGGAGCCUUGCGUGUCAAGGACCUGAGACAGUACCUCCAGGCACAGCAUAUCAACAGUACAACAUGUACAGAGAAGCGAGAGUUGAUUGAGCUGGUGACACGCCACAUUUGCAGUCAGCGGCGGAUGUCAGAUAGUGCGAGACAAAAUACAGGUGCUGGGAGUGGGAGCAUUUUCUCAAGCACACCGCGACCGCCAGUGUUUAAACCUCCCUCUUCCAAUAUUAUGAGGGAUGAUGGCAUUAGGGUGCGGCCAAGCAGCACACUAAACAGUGACAGUUUGGGCAGCAUACGAGUUAGGCCAUUAGACAGCAUAAGAGUGAGGCCAAGUCGCUCACUCUCUCCCGAUUCUAGUGAAUAUGAUCCAGAGAUGGAUUUGGGCAUCAGGGUCUUCGCGUCGGAUAGCCAGGCAGGCCAGCAGGAACGUGUGAGCAGCACAUCACCCAUCAGCAUGGAGGGCUGUUCAGAGAGCACGGAGGACAAGUGCUCGCAGUGCCCCAGCGAAGACUGUACAGCCUCCUCUUGUAGCUUAGACUCCUGUCCCAACAGAGCAUCUAGUCAACCCAUGCCGUGCACCUUGCAUAAUGAUUCCUCAGGGCAAGACAGCAUUGAGGACAUAAGUGCCACAAAUGACCUGCAGUUACCCGACUCCACCAGCAUGCUGGAGGAGAUCCCAGGAACAGGUGAAAUUGCUCAAGAUAACACUACCACAGCGCUGGAGGCAGAGGUUUCGGAGCAAGGAGUCGAUACUUCAGAGGCACCAGCAGUGGAGACCCCACCCGAGGCCUCUGCACCUCAGUUAGAGGAUGACGCACCCAUUACCACUACCAUGUCCUCUUCGUCAGCCUCCUCCUCUACUCCUUCCACGGCUUCAUCCCCAGAACCUUCAAAACCUGUAAGCCUCCCCAACAAAGUUGUCGCGCUGGCAGACCUGAAGUCAGAGGAGGACAUCCGUCGUCUUAGCGUCCGCCAGUGCAAAGAGCUUCUGGCCCUGCACCGGGUCAACUACUCAGGGAUCACGGAGAAGUCGGAGCUGUUGAACAAGAUUGACAUGCUCUGGAAGGAUUACCAGAAUGCACGGCAAGAUGUUGAGGGUUUGCCAGAGGAACUGUUGUGUAAGAUCUGCAUGGAUAGCACGAUAGACUGUGUCUUUUUAGAGUGUGGACACAUGAUUGCAUGUACACAGUGUGGGAAGCAGAUGGCGGAGUGUCCAGUGUGCCGCCAAUAUGUGGUGCGUGUUGUACGUACUUUCCGAGCUUAAGGCAACCGGCAUUUAUUAGCAAAACCACUCCUUGGGGCCUUAGUUGAUAGAUAAGUGGAGUUUUUUUUUUUUUUUUCUAGAUCCAAUAGAAUUAAAACUUCAAUUAAUUAAGAAUAUCUGGAUAAGAUUUUUUUUUUUCUUGUUUUUUUCUUUUCUUUUCUUUUUACUUUUUUUCUUUCUUACCCCCAUUUACAAGAACUUCCACCAGGAUGUUUGACAUUAAUUGAAUUUAUGAGUGUGCAGGUAUUACUCUGUGCUGGCAAAGAUAUACCUGAAUUAGGUCUAGGAAACUUUAUUCCAUGUACAACUUGCAUAUACAGUAUACAUUGAAGCAUAAGAUUUACAUUUCCUUGAUUGUUUUACAGGUCAUUUAUUUAUUAUAGGGAUAGAAGCAGAGGCUAAAGCAUUUAUUACAAUUGUUUUUAUGUACUUGUAGAUACAGUGAAAUGCAUUCACAACAAAAAGUCAGUACAUUGAGUGCUUGUUAAAGGUAUGGUUACAUUUUUCAUUAAAAUCAGUGGAAAUGGAGUUACUAUGAAUACCUGGACUCGGAUGAAGCCAUCUUUAGUUAAGCUCUUUUGCAUUAACAAACUUUUAGGAGAAAUUGAAAAUUAGGAGCAAUUAAAAGGAGGGAAUGGUUGAUGAAAUUAGCAGAAAAAGAAAGUCACAAUGGCGAGGAAAGAAUAAUAAUGGUAAUAAAGAUAUUACUGCUGAGGAAAACAAAAAUAAUGGUAAUCUUAACAAAAUGACGAUAAAAUUGAUCAUAGGAGCAGCAGAUGAACAAAUUCACAUAUAAAGGAAGUUAUUACUUAAUUUAUAUCCAGCUAAAAGUUAAGUGAUAUAUAUAUAAUAUUUAAGAUUAAAGGUAAAGAUUAAUGUAGUCUGUAAUUUAACUUAACAGCUUAUUUCCAUCUUGGUUGCCAGAUCCAUAAGCUUGAUUUUGUGGAUGAAAGUUGAAAUAUAACUGCAAUUUAUUGAUUGAUUUUUAUGUCCAGUGUAGCUGCAACUUUGACAUGAUAUUAAUGGUUCAAGUUAAGAAGUUGUGUUGCAGGUAUAGUGAUUGGUAAGAAUGGUUUCUUCUUCUUCUUCUUCUUCUUCUUCUUCUUCUUCUUCUUCGUCUUCUUCCUUACUUUCACAAUUUUCAUUCAUCCCUCUCGCUGUUCUCUCUCUCUCUCUCCUUGUUUUCUUGUCUCUAAUUCUUUGGGAAGUAGUUUGUUUAUUUUUCUCUGUCCAAUUUGUUGUAGAGAAAUUAUUGUAAAAAGUUAAAAAACAUGAGUCACUUUCCAACUGUUUUUUGCUAGUCUUGUCAAAGUUUUUCAGGUGGUGAAAAAGGAAGUUAUUUGCUAUCAUGACUCGUAAAAUAUUUCUCUCCAUCCUCUAAAUAUAGUAAAUCCCUCGAUUCAUAAAGAUUUCACUCUAUACUCAUAUAUCUUUCUCUUUUUCCAAACUAAACUAUUUACUCAUCCAAGGUCUGUGUUGGAUUCCAGCCUUGUCUAAGAUGAAAGUAAGAGCAACUAGUUUUUACAACACUAAGAAGUCUUGAUGCUUACGGUUUUUCAACAUUUGUUUCUUGUGGUUCUCAAAAAGAAAUUUCAUAGAGAUAAUACUCUCUUCAACUACACAAUACAGUCAAUACUCAUAUGCCAUUGUUAGUGUCUUCUAGAGGUAGGUAUGAGAUUGCCCAAAACUACAUCAUCAUAUUUUUUUAUGGUUGAGACAUAAGAGGUGUGGGAAUUGGUGUGAUCCUUUAUUUUCCUUUCCCUUUUAUUUUCCCUCUUCCUUUUCCUCCUUAUUUUCUUUCUUCCUUCUCCCUUUCAUUUUCCUUCUUUUUCUUCUUCGGCUUUCCUUUAUGAGGGAGUCACACCAUACUUCCAGUGGUCGGUCAAUAAGGCCGUUGGUUUCCCCCCGUCAAAGUCCAAACUCUAGCCUUUCCUCUUUUGUGUCUUCUGAGGUUUGGAUCCUUAUGUUGUUGGUUGUUUUGGCAUAAUAUUUGUAUUGGGUUUAGGGAGGGGGGGGGGGAUCAUAUACAGAAUAUUGAUAAAAGUUUUUUUUUUUUAUGUUGUUGGUUAUUGAUUGAUUGAAGGAGGAAUUUGUAAGAGAAAAGAUUGAAUAAAUUGAGAAAAACUUGAUUCACUGUAUAUUUUUUACUAUUACUAUUACUGUUACAUACUAGCUGUAUCUUUACCGGUGCUUGAUGUUCAACAGCUUCCAGUAAAUAGGAAAGCCAAAGUAUAUGGAGCUUGUAAAUUUUUGUGAGUCCUGGUGAUUCUAAAGGCUUGUACUAUCCUAUUUUACUACACUUGGUCAGAGCUUAGUCGGCUUCUUAGUGCGAGGGCAACAAGUGCAAGCCCAACGAAGGCAUGGAGGCUGAUCUUUGAAGUACACGACUUGGUGCAGUGAGGCAGUGGCACUCCAGUUUGUGUUUGCACACUAUUUAUUAUGAUGUUUAUGGUCUUAUUUUGUAUUAUUUUUAUGUCAUUGGUGGUAAUAAUUAUUAUCAUAUUAAUAACUAUUCAGAAUGUAUCUGUAAAUGUGUAUCACAAGCAAGUGCAGUCUGCUUUAUAUUAAUUAUUAUAAGUCAAGUAGUUUUUAAAAUCUGGCUUGUUAUAGUUACUCUUAUCUGCUUGUUCUGAAGAAGAAAAAAGAAACAAGUAUGAGGGAGAAAGAAGUAUUAUAUUAAGCACAAUUUAUACAUAAUGAAGUAUUUACAUGUCCAUGUUGUCAUCUAUAGUUGAGUAUAAGCAAAUUCUGAAGUCGCAAAAAGAAAAAAAUCACAACAAAGAUUACAAGAAUUCUUCUUUUAGUGACCUUGUGAGAAGUGGAUUAACUUUGAAAAAAUAACGGAUGACUGCAGAUGUCUCUUCUCCAUUUUUCAUAUUUUGCACAUGUUAAGUGAGAUGGUAAGAUCUCGAAUAAUGAGGAGGCCAGAUUUCUAUGUGUGCUUGUGAAAAAUUGUACAGGUUAAGAAUAGUACAAGUAUUCAGUGGUGAUGAUCAUUUUUUUUUUUUUUCUUUCUUUCAUUCUUUUUUUUUCUUUUUCUUCUUUUCUUUUUUCUUUUUUCUUUCUACCUUAGAGAUUGAUCAUGACUAUGUUUUCUUCACUAUGUAUGUUAUAUGAAAUACACAAGGUUAACCAGGAAAUAACGGAUAUAAUAAAAGGGCAGGGAGAAAAAGGCAUCCAAAGCAUUAUGGUCAUUACUUUUCUGUUCUGUUCUACUGGAUAUAUUGUGCAAUGAUUAUUGCUUUGUCUUGUAUGUGGUACAUUUAUAACUCUGUGGGUGUUAUAGUCAAGUAUUAUGUGUUGUGAUAUUUUAUCCCAAAGACUGAAGUGCACCUCAGUGUUGUAAAAGGAGGCACGGGGAUUCUGUUCAAAUUGCUUCGCCACUUUAUGCUGCGGAUAUGAGAGAAGAAAUUGGAUUUUGAUGAUGACUUUGAAUAUUCUCACCGUUGAAGUUUUUAUGGGCAGAGCUCUGGGUGCUUUGUUCAGAAAAGAGGCUAAGAAAAUUUUAUACAGUGACUUUAUCAUUUUGUCAUAAUGUAUUGGUACAUUAUAUUAUAUUGUUAUUAUUAUAUUUUUUCAUAGGUAUUGAUUAUAUAUUAUGGAAGUAAUUGUUCAUGGAAUUAUAAUAUCCUCUGCUUGCAUGGACUCAGCACUUUAGUUAAUUAACUUGUAUUUGUCACAGUUGUAUCAGAAAGAAAAAAUAUAAUAGUUUAUAUGUCAUAAAGUGUCCCAGUAUUAUGGGAUUUUAUACUUUGAAGAAUAUUAAAUAUCAGAUCCAAAUGCAAGUGUUCAUUCUUCCUCCCUUAGAAAGGAUAAUGCAUGAAUGAAAUGAAUAACACUGAUGAAAUUGAAAAGGGAAGAACACUUAUUAGCUGUAUUUCAGACCACUUUAUUUACACAACAAAGACCAUAGAGAAAUGAAUUGCUCCAUUGAAUUUGUUAUAGCAUAUGAGAGUUGCAAUGAACAAAAUGUCAACAGCUACAAAGUUAUAUACUUAUUAGUUCAGUCAUAUAAAUUUUUUAUGCCUUCAUAAAGAAAUACCUUUAUUUUUAUUUUAUAUGCAAAUGGUACAACAGAAGAUUUUGAUGAAUCAUGUUUAAGUUUGGUAUACUGUAUUAUUUUUUAAAAAUUAUAUUAUGCUUAUUGCAUUUUUUUUUCUUUAUGCUUAAAAUAUGCAUGAUCCUUAAAACUUCAAGAAUAAAAGACUCAUGUAUUGUAUAUUACAUAAAAUACUGAAGAGUCAAGAAACUGAUUUCAUGACACUUUUGCUGCAUGACAGAAAAGGAUACAAUAUUAAUUUUAUUUUUUUCCCUCUGUUUUCUUGACGUCCAUUUCUAUAUUCCUAUAUUCACUAAACAUUUGCUAAUGGAAUUUAUGUACAGGAAAUGUAUUACCAAACUUGUAUCACUUUAAAUCCCUCCACUGGUAUUUAGAAAUAAUGAAUAUAACAUGACUACUGAUUACAGCUAUUGUAAUAGAUAUAUGUACAGGUUUCUUCUUGUAAUUUCAGUAUAGUAUCCUUAUAGAACUGUAGACUCCCAGCAUUCUUUAACUUGUUUGGUAUGAUUAACAUUGUCAAAAUUGUAUGCUUUGUCUUUCAGCUGUUGAUAAUUGAAAACUUUUUGAUAUAUAGGUGUCAAGCCAUGUAGAUGCCUUUGAUAUUUAUUCUUAUAUAAACAAGUACAGUAUUUGUUAUUAUAGUUUUUCCCAUUUUACAUAUAUAAGUUAAGUUUUAAGUCAUUAAGUAUAUUAUUGGUAGUAUGAACUGGCUACAUGUAAAGUUUACAUCAUUCAGAUCAUAUAUUCCCAGCCUGAUUAUUUUUACCAAGUAUUAGCACUCCUGUUCACUCCUGUUCAUAGGAUCGCCAUUUUGCAGUUUGUAAAAUUAUGCUACAUAGUGGCGGUUUCAUGGGAAGACUGUUUUAGAUUCCGUAUAAUUUUCUUAUAAAUAAAUUUCCAUGGUCUAUAUUCCAUAUUUCUUUAACACAAAUACAUUUUUAAGUCAUGACUUUGUCUGUGUUGCAAUUAUUUUGAAUAAAUUAUGUCCAUUCA